AUGAAGCAGAACCGUAAAAUUUCAAAGGUUAUAUUUAAGGGAGAAAGUCCUUUGGUAAAGGUUGGUUGCUUUGCUGAAAUAGAUGAAGCCUCCGAUCCUGAAUAUGACACUAUUCCUCCUGUAGCAAUUGUUGCAGAGGAACAUGUGCCUGUGCUUGAUGUGGAAGAUGACAAUGAUGAUGAGGAAGAUAAUGAUGAGGAUGAUAAUGAUGAUGAUGAAGAUGAUGAUGAUGAAAAUGAUGGUGAUGAAGGAGUUGAGAUUAUACAAGGGGGUGAUACACUAGGCUUUAAUGAUGAUGACUUCUUCUUUGAUUUCGAGCCGAAUAAUGAUGACCUCAGUUUGUUCUUUGACGAUUUCAAUGAUGUUGGGAUCUCUCCAACUGAGACAGAGGGAGACCCUAAUAUUCUCAAGGUGCCUUUUCAAACACCCGAUCAGAUGGCCGACAUAAUUGCUAAACCUGAUUCAACUGCAAGGAUUCCUCCCCAAGCAGUUGCAACUCCAACCAUCAUUCCAUCUGAAAGUGAUCUACAAGAGACACAAGCCUCCCAGCCUCCACUUAAAAGAAGAAGAGCAGAUCCAAGGCUGGAAGUGCUCAUUAGGGAACAAGUUCAGUCUGUUCAACAAUCAACUGCAACCGUUAGACCAACCCAACCAACUCAUGUGGAUAGUCAAGUAUUGAAUGAAGGGCCCAGUGGUGUUCGUUCUGCUUUUGAAGUCGGGAUUUCUUCAGCUCCUGGUGGUUCAUCGACUCCUCAACCUACACACGAUGUAGCCUUCGAACGGCUUGCCAGGUUUUUGGCUCGUCAAGGUGUUGAUCCUGCACCCAGGGGAAAAGGAAUAUCGAUUGGUGCAGGGAGCCCAGAUAAAGAAGAUUCAACAAUUUUUGAGCUCAAGGAAGAGAUUGGAAUCUUAAAUCAAAAGCUCAUUGAAAAAGAUGUUUUCAAAACAUCAGUCACUGAACCCAAUGAAGCUGAGACUUCCCAAAGUGCCCAUGCCCAAGCAACUCAAGAUUCACAAGAUAUUACACCACAUGUUGUAUCUUUGGCUAAAACAACGGAUAAGAAGAUCCUUGAUAGCCAGCCAUUCAGGACGGCGUCGAGAUUUUUACCUUUUGUAAUUAGUAAUCACAUUCCCUUGACACCAUAUUGA